AUGGCCAAGGCUGAGUCCGAGGCCCCGCGAGGGGAUGAGUUCUACAGGAAUUUGGCCGAGGCGCUGAAGCAGAAUGACGUUGCUCACUGGGCCCACCUGCUCGAAGUGGAUCCGAUUUCGCUGAAGAGCCUCGACUCGGCUGGAAAGGUGAGCGCUCGACGCGCGGUGAUUGCUGGCCUGGCCGGCGCGGUCUGGCAGGUGGGAUGCGUCAAGGCAUUGGCCCGUGCGGCUGGCGAGCAGAAAGGCCCAGGCCAGGGGCAGCUUGCGCCAGUGGCAGGGGAUCUGUCCCGCCUCGGAGAAGCGCUGCGUUCCGCGCGCGAACCGACCGCCAAGCGCGCGGCGAUUGGGCCCGCCAUUCGCCAGGCGGCAAUGCUCCGGCGCGAGGGCGUGGCCCGCCCGCAUGCGUCGCCGGACUUCAAGGCGAGAUCGCUCCGCGCGCGCCCGCGCGGCGCGCCCCGCUGGCGCGCGCGGGGCGCUUUCCUGCCGUUCUGGGCUUCGGGCAAAGCGCCGGGAGCGGAGGCGCACCCCUCGGAAGCUGGGGUCCAGGAAGGGCUGCUGCCGUUCAACCAGUGGCGCCCAGCCUUUGAUGCGCGCGCGACCGCGGCAGCGAUCUGGGCCGACCAGCCGAGCUCCAUGUCGCCUCGGUGUCAUAAGCAGCACGUGGUGCAGGUGAACCGCGCUGCACAGACGUGGGGCGAGGGCUUGCCGCGCUCGGCCGUAGCCGCGCACGACGCGGCGGAAUGGGGGAAGAGCGAGUGGCCCAGCAAAGGGGACCGCAAGGGCAAGCGCGGCAACCCCGCGGCACCGAGGACGCCCGAGAAGCGCGUCAAGCCUCCGCGAGGCGAGUUCGGAGUCGCGGGGGGGCUGCGCAUGCCGACCGCGCUCGCGCCGCCCGCCAGGCAUCGGGCCAGUGCAGAGCGCAAUGAUUGGGCGCCGGACGCCGCGGUGUUGCGGCUGUUCGGGCAGCGCGGCGUCAAUUAUUCUAUGGGCCUGGAGCUAUUGGGCAUCGCUGUGGACAUGUCGUCUUUCAGGCACAUUCUGGCGAACGCGGCGCUCGAGAUUUUUUCAAACAGCCGCGGAGCAGAGCAGGCGGUGGCGCGAGGAUCCGCGUGCCAUUUUGACCGCGCCUGCCUCGUGCACGGGGCAUGGGCGCUGGCUGCCGACUGCCUCGGCAUCCGCGUGGGUCCAUCGGGUGCCUUCGGCGUUGAAUAUCGCAGAUCCGCCAUCGCGGGAAGCGCGGAGACGCGCGGGGAGAUGUCGGACGCGUCGGUAUUCGGCCAUUGGCUUCGCGUGUGCGAUUUGCGGCGCCAGCCGCUUGCCUUUUACGUCAAGUUUGCCGCGUAUCUCAAAUCGCAGGAUCUCCAGUUCGCCAGUGCGCUGUUCCGCGUGAGCGGCGCGUUUGCUAAUUACUGCGGGCGCGAUUGGGCAUCGCGAAGAGGCACGCAGGCCUUCGCGAGCUUCUCCCCCGCGGACGCCGUGGCCGCCAUCCGGAUAGCGGCCGCGGCGGUGGGCGCAGCGCGCCCGGGGGAAUUCGACACGAAGCACAAGCACGUGAAUGCCUCCCUUGCGAUCUUCGAGGUUGCCGCCCGGCGGGGCCUGGCGCGCGCCGCGCUGCUGCAGCGGGGCGCCGAGGCCGAGGUCGAGGGCCUGGAGCCCAGCGCCGCCGGCCCCGCGGCGGUCUCGGCGGAGCCAGGGGGCGACGACCGCCGGGGGCUGCUGGCGGCCUUCGGGGCGGCGCUGAUGCCGCUGGCAGGGGAGCUGCGGAGGCUGCCGGUGCGGACCCGGCAGGAGGACACUGCGCUCCUCUUCAUCGCGGCCGGUGGUGGCGGGUCCGAGGGGCAGGGGGGGCUCCAGGAGCAUCUGUCCUCGUCGGAAACAUGGUGGUUGGUGUCGCGGAAUACCCUUCGCAUUGCGUGCUCCUCGGGGCAGCGCCCACACUGGCGCGCGAUAUCUGGCAGUUCGGAAGGUACCCGGGAGGACCCGUGCGGGCUUCGAAAUGACACCGGAUUGAAGCGGGGCUCGCUCCCCAGCGAUUCUGCUUCUGCAGGCGUGUCUGCACAGUCGGGGUGGGCAGCUGGCCACUGGCAAGACAUGUAG